AGGAUCUGCUCUUGUCGUGAUAGGCAUUCAAACGAUCUUGUCAUGACGGGCAUAGAGGACCUUGCCGAGGAUAAGUGGCGCCGAGAUAGCCACAUAGGUCCGUCGUAGCACGCCUAAUCUCCCGAGAUGUAGCAAAUAAUAAUUCCCUUCAAACUAAAGCAAUGCAUGCAAAGUCGUUGUGAGCCAAAGUCAAACCCUGCCGUCAUGGCAGGCACAACCUAACAAACACAUAAUUAAUUAUGGAGUAUUAUAUAAUUAUAUUCUGGCCCGGGAAACAUGCAUCAAACGCAGAACGUUCAUGCUCCUCACAGCUAACCAGAGAUUUGGCGCAAUUGUUUAAGGUAGUGGGUGGAUAUAUAAUAUAUUACUUUUUUUUUAUACAUUUUCUACAAUUUAAACUCUAUAAGCAGACAAACCUGUGUAGAUUAUUAAACAACCUUUUAUGAUCAUCAUCUAUGGUGUUAGGAGACGAGAAGAGAUUAGAGGAGACUGACAGGAGGUCCUACAGCUUAGUGGCAAUGGAUCCAAGAGCUUUGGAGAUCGGGCCGCCAUCAUCCGGGGAGGUGCAUUAUGCCGAGGAGGUGGAGGUUCCAACUAAGCUGGGGAGGAGAAGCUGGGUGGAAUCCAAGCAGAUGUGGGAGAUAGCGGCACCAUGCAUUCUCACGGCCGUGGCUCAGUUCUCCAUUGGCCUUGUCACGGUGGCGUUUGUGGGUCAUCUCGGAUCUGUGGAACUUGCUGCUGUCUCCGUUGUUCAGAAUGUCAUCGAAGGUUUCGUUUAUGGAGUCAUGCUAGGGAUGGGAAGUGCGCUAGAGACCCUCUGCGGCCAAGCUGUUGGUGCUGGACAGUAUGACAUGCUUGGAAUCUACCUGCAAAGAUCAUUUAUUAUUACUCUAUCCACAGCCUUGUUGCUAACACCUUUCUAUGUAUUCGCAUCGCCACUGCUAAAGCUCCUUCGUCAGAGCAAAGACAUUUCAGAACUUGCGGGGAAGUAUGCAACCUGGGCCAUUCCUCAACUGUUUGCCUAUGCGUUGAAUUUCCCUGCCCAAAAGUUCCUUCAAGCUCAGAGUAAAAUAUGGGUCAUGACAGUAAUCAACAUACUCGCAAUCCCAGUUCAUGCAGUGCUGAACUGGGUAUUCGUGACGAAGUACAAAAAAGGAAUGAUUGGUGCUGCCAUUGUAGGAAAUAUAACUUGGUGGCUCGUGGUUGUAGCUCAAAUUGUUUACGUCAUGGCUGGUUUCUUCCCUAAGGCAUGGACUGGAUUUUCCUGGAAAGCUUUCAAAUCACUCUCCGGUUUUGUGAAGCUGUCACUUGCUUCAGCUGUGAUGUUAUGCUUAGAGUUGUGGUAUUACACCGUUGUGAUCCUCAUGGUUGGCUGGUUAAAGAAUCCUGAAAUUGCAGUAGGUGCCAUAUCUAUCUGCAUGAAUCUACAACUCUGGACAUUGAUGAUCACUCUGGGCUUCAACGCUGCAAUCAGUGUGCGCGUCUCUAAUUUACUUGGAGCUGGCCGUCCAAAAGCAGCAAAAUUUGCAGUAGUGGUGGCCGUAGUCACAUCAACCUUUUUUGGAAUUAUAUUUACAGCUGCAGUGUUUGCAACAAAAGACGAAUUUCCAAAGCUGUUUUCUGAUAAACCUGAGGUCAUAAAGGAGGCAUCCAAGCUGGCAUACUUCUUAGCAGCAACCAUCCUCCUCAACAGCAUCCAACCUGUGCUGCAUGGGGUUGCUGUUGGUGCAGGGUGGCAAUAUUCAGUCGCAAUUAUAAACGUAGUUUGCUAUUAUGUUUUCGGCCUUCCUCUAGGAGGCGUGCUCGGCUACAAAGCAAAGCUCGGUGUGAAGGGAAUCUGGACAGGAAUGUUAGCUGGUGCAUUGCUUCAAACAAUCAUUUUGCUCCUGAAAAUGUCCCGGGCCAACUGGAAUAGAGAGGUAGCAAAGGCAGAACAGCGUGUCAAUGCAGCUCAGCUCGGAAACGAAGAAGAGCAAAUGUGAUAGCUAGCUAUCAUAGAGCAGUAUGAAUGACAAUAUUGA